AUCAGGGCUAGCCCGGUUAGCUUUUUCCUACCUCAGAAUCCUACUUGCUAACAGACCCUCGGUGAUUAUAAUGCACAUUUUUGGUUAAUUAUCCGCCUAAGAGCGAUACAGUUGUUACCGGUUUAAGUGUUUUCCCCUUUUCCCCGCGUGGAGGUCGGGGUUUUAGCGUCCUUCUCGCUGAAAAGUCGAUGUUGGGGCGAUGCUAACCGGUUAGCCCGGGGUUUCCGCCUCAGCUCGCCCCGGAGGCUGUUCUCUUGUUCCGCGCAUUCUUCGACCUGCUACCCGCUAAAACAGCCUCAUCCACACCACAGCUGAUCUCUAACGCUUAAUCAGCUUCAAAUUUAAUAUAUUAGGAAAUUAAAUACUCUCCAAAAUGAGGACUUGAGGCGUGUUUCUAGUUUAGCGGUCGGUUUUCCUCCAUCUCUGCCUCUUUUGUUUUGACAAAGGGAGGAAGAGGAGCCGAAUUUCUUAUUUUAUUUAUUCAUUUUUCCACUGUGCCCCACUUCAGGCGGGGAGCCGGCUUUACUGCUCCUCUCCUGUAGCGUUUGACCUCCAUGGCUCCGCACAAGCAGAGCUCCUCGGGUGGAGGCCACCACCAUGUGGGUUUCGGUUCUGGAGGAAAGACCAACGGGUUGUACCAGCCGCCCUCCGCUGCAGCCAAGAAGCCCAGCAUGCAGGAGAUCCAGGCCGACCAUGAGCUCUUCCUGCAGGCCUUUGAGAAGCCGACACAAAUCUACAGGUUUCUCCGCACUAGAAACCUGAUCGCUCCUAUUUUCCUGCACAGGACGCUGACUUACAUGUCACACAGAAACUCCAGGAGUAACGCCAGAAGGAAAACCUCCAAGGUCGACAAUCUGUUGUUCAAAGUGGAAAAGAUGAGAGGAGAACAGGAGACUGUCAGCCUGGCCUCUAACCUGCAGCUCACCUUUACUGGAUUCUUCCAUAAAGCUGGAAAACCGUCUCAGGAUAGCGAGAACGAGCAGACGUCCGUUUCUCUGGAGGUCCUGCUGGUUAAAGUGUGCCACAAGAAGAGGAAGGAUGUCAGCUGUCCGGUGAAACAGGUCCCAACGGGGAAGAAGCAGGUCCCUCUGAACCCAGACCCGAGCGCCGGAGUUCAGGUCAAAGCGGGCUCCCUCCCCACCCUGCUGGUCCCCAGCAGCGAGUUCGAACCCAGCAACUCCCACAUGGUCAAGUCCUACUCUCUGCUCUUCAGAGUAUCGAGGCCCGGAUGCUCCAGAGGACAGAUGAACGGGCUGAGCAACGGGGAGAACCACCACAGCAGAGGUGGAAAAGAAGACAUUUUGCCAAUGGAACGAGAUAAUUUACACUUAAAAUAAGAAAACACAAUUGCAUAGUCUUAUUUCCAGUGCAUGUUAUCUAAUUACUUUAUUUUAAGAGUAAAAAUACUCAUUCCAUUGGCAAACUAUUUCAUUUACCUACUCAAAAUAAGGGUAAAUACUCUUAAUUUAAGAAAUUUUUACUCAUUUCUCGAUGGUUGUUUUCAGUGCUGCCUCUCUCCGUCUCUGCAGCGUUUGCCUCCAUUCGAGAGUUUCUCUCAGGGUCCGACGCUGCAGUUCACCCUGCGUUGGACCACGGAUUCCUCCGAUUGCUCCACGGCUCCUGUGGCCAAACCUUUAGCCACCCGCAACUCUGAUGCCAACCAGGACACCCGACCGAGCACACAGAGACCCUUCCCUGCAGCUGUGAAGGAAUCCAUGAGCACUGACGUUCCAACCAGGAGAGAGCCCAUCUCAGCGGAGCCUCGGCAGAAGCUACGGAUCGUCUAUCAUUUCCGGUACAGCAACAACAAACAUCAGACGGAGGCCAGAGACGACCUCCACUGCCCCUGGUGCACGCUGAACUGCAGGAAGCUCUACAGCCUGCUGAAACACCUCAAGCUGUCGCACUCCCGCUUCAUCUUCAACUACGCGCCUGCACCUAAAGGAGCGAAUAUCGAGGUCUCCAUCAACGAUUGCUACGACGGCUCCUACGCAGGAAACCCGCAGGACAUCCACAACCAGCCCGGCUUCGCCUUCAGCAGGAACGGACCCGUCAAGAGGACCGCCGUCACCAGACUCCUGGUCUGCAGACCCAAGAGAACAGAACCCAGCCUGUCAGAGUUCCUGGAGCUGGAGGACAGCGACCGGGAGCAGAACCAGAGGACGUUCACCAGCGGACACAACCGGCUCUACUUCCACAGCGACAGCUGCCUGCCCAUGAGGCCCCAGGAGAUGGAGGAGGACAGCGAGGACGAGAGGGACCCCGAUUGGCUGAAGGAGAAGACGGUGAAGCAAAUCGAGGAGUUCACCGACGUCAACGAGGGCGAGAAGGAGAUCAUGAAGCUGUGGAACCUUCACGUCAUGAAGCACGGUUUUAUCGCCGACAACCAGAUGAAAGAGGCCUGCCUGCUGUUCGCGAAGCACAACGCCGCCGCCAUCGUGGAGCGCAGCCUGUGCCGCAACUUCCUGCUGCACCUCAUCAGCAUGCACGACUUCAACCUGAUAAACACCAGGACCAUCAACGACGCCAUGGCCUGGAUCCACGACCUCCAGAACCAGUCAGCCAAGAGGGACAACGGCCAGGAGGAAGAGGAGGAGGAGGAAGAGGAGGACUGGGAGACGGCUGUGGAGUCCCAGCCGGAUCCCGAUCCUGAUCCCGAAGCUGCAGAGUUUAAACUCUGCGUCGAAGAGAACCAAAACAAGCUGGACGAGCAGUAAGAGGAGGAGGAGGAGGAGGAGGAGGAAGAGGAGGAGGCGCCAUGCAGCAGAACCAUGAACUGGACCCAGAGAUGGGAAGCUCCCAGUCUGCUCACUCUUUGAACGCCUGUUUUUUCUUUUCUCUACGAUCCGUUGACGAGGCUUCAGGAAAUUUUCAGGAAUUUUAUUUUGGAUGUUUUUAAGGGUUUUAACUCUGAGGUGCUAAACUUUUCCAGGAGUGAAAAACAACCGCAGCCUGUUUGUUCUUCCACUAACGACCAAACUUGAAUCAGAGUCGAUGAAAUGAAUCCGAUUUCACGGUUUUUAUUUUCAGCCCGCGCUUCAGGGAUCAGAGCUGGAGGAAGAGGAGCAGCUCUCAGGUGCCGUGAUGUCACCGCCGACUCCUCCUCCAGGGGAAA